AUGAACUUAGGGCAAACGUCAAUUCUGCUUAUGCUUUUCACCGGAACAAACUAUACUCCUUGCGGUGCAAUACUGAUUGUCAAAUUUAAAUUACCUGAACAGCAGCCAAAAGGCAGUAUUGUCGGUCACAUAAUUGAACAGCUGCCGAUGGACCUGCGCAUGCAGCCGUCAAAUCGUUUUCGCAGCCUCCAUGAAGAAGAAUCUAAAUACUUUCGCAUCGAUCCUGUAACCAGUCAACUAUCGGUGGCCGAGGUAAUAGACAGAGAGACAGUGUGUCCCGGUCCUUCCUAUGCUGCAAGGUCUACUGCAACAGACACAGAGUUGUUCAGUUUUACUCGGUGCGAACUCAGUUUUCGAGUGAACCUGCUUCGCGUGACCAACUCAAGUGUACGCAUUGUGAACAUGCUGAGAAUUUACGUGGAGGUGGAGGAUAUUGAUGACCAAGCAUGCACAUUUACACCGAGUAACCUUCAGCACAUUCAGAUUAAGGAGAACUUGGAUAAGGUGAAGAUGCCCUUACACAGGCCAGUUGACUUAGACGCAAAAGCUGAAAAUAGUAUUUUAAAAUCAACGAUAAAUAUAUUGUCAAUAAACAUGCCGACGAAUAUCAUCCAGCGGGAAGGCCUGUUUGAGCUGAUCAUCGGGGAAACGUUUGCAGUAAACUCCCCAUACAGUAUUGAGUUAUUGAUCAAUGAGCCUUUGGAUUACGAAGUCAGCCACGAGGUAGGUCUAGUGGUGACCGCAGGUGACGCUGCGAAAAACAGAUCAUGUACGCUGUACGUAGUAAUCCACAUUGAAGAUGAAAAUGAUAACCCACCAAGAUUUAUGGAGAAGUCGGUGCAUAUUACCAUUCCAGAAAACGCAAGUAGGUCAGUUCCUAUUUAUACACCAAAAGCCUCGGAUAGAGACGCAGGUCCAGUGUAUGGGCUGCUCAGUUUCAGGCUAAGUCCCUUCAACGCAGCUGCCAUUUUGUCUACUUUUUAUGUCAAUCCGAAAAAUGGCUCCGUUUUCAUUCUCAAGCGUUUGAAAUACGCCCAACAAGCAAAUUACAAGCUUAUCCUUGAGGUGCACAAUUUCGAGGUGGCGCCCGAUCCACACCGAUCGGGGACCUACACAGAGGAGGGUGCAGAGCCGAUAACAGAACAAUAUGCUCUACGUGAUCAGAUGGAGUUGCGGAUUGAACUAAUUGAUGUUAAUGAUAAUAGUCCAGUUAUCCGAAUCUACUCGGUCAACGGGAGCAACGUAUUGGCAAUACCGGAGCAUGCGGACUCACUGCCAGCCGAUGUCGCGGUUGUAAGUGUGACGGAUGAAGAUGUUCAAGCCAACAACCAAAUAACGUGUCGCCUGGAUGAUGAAUCCACGAGGCACUUUCAGCUGACUAGCAUUAGUGAAGACAGACCGGCACAGGCCAGUGACGGAAGAGGUGUAAUGCAAGAGUCAUAUGGAAUAAUGUACAAGCUGUCCACAUUGCAUGCGUUUGAUCGCGAGACAGACGAACACGUACAAUUCGCAGUCAUAUGCGACGACAACGGGGUUCCGGUACAAAGGUCAUCGGUAACGAGCAUACUACACAUUCAUGACAUAAACGACAACAGCCCAUGGUUCAGCACAACGUCAAUACACUUGACAUUGUCAGAAGACAGUGAUCCGGUGAGGCGAGAGAACAAUUACUAUGUGAUACAGUUAAAUGCCACUGACGCAGACAUAGGAGAAAAUGGGCAUGUCUCAUAUACAUUUGUGAGUGAGGACACGAGUGAAUUAUUCCACGUGGAUGCAAAUACCGGCAUUGUUCACACAACAGGCUUGUUAGACCGUGAGAAGAAAUUGGGGUUUAAUUUUACAGUAGUCGCGUCGGACAAUGGUAUUCCUCCAAAAUCUGGCACGAUAACGAUACUGAUAGAUCUGACAGAUUACAAUGAUAACGCUCCAGAGUUUCAAGAGUCAAAGUACGAUUUCUCUAUCGCCGAAGAUGUACCUAUCGGACAUUUGGUUGGAACUGUUGUUGCCUGUGAUAAUGACAUUGGACCGAAUGCAGCAUUGAAGUUCUACUUGAUUUAUUCGAUGGAAUCCAAUGGGUCCGCUAUCUUACACGACCGGUAUGAACUCGUGAGCGACACUGCAGAGGAACCUUUUCGUCUGAGAUAUGAAAAGUCUACGAAGCCGAACUGUUACUCUGUCAUGGUGCUAACAAAUACCCAGCUCGAUCGUGAAUCCAUGAUUGAUGAGUAUCCCGUCACUCCUGGGAAGCAAUUUCUGAAAGAAGGCAUCAAUCCUCGCCAACCAUACGAAACCGAACGAAUUGCUAUGUAUACUAUGAAGAUGAUCGCGGAAGAUAAUGGAUCGCCAAGGCUAGUGGCCUCGAUUCCUCUCAGUAUAAAUAUCACAGAUGUAAACGAUGAGUCGCCAAUAUUUAUCUUCCCAGGGCCAGAACAGCGAUACCUGACCUAUUCUUGCUACGGAAAACCAGGAUCCGAGGUUCUGAGAGUCUUAGCAACUGACAUGGACGAAGGACCGAAUGGAACAGUGGAAUAUUCACUAGAACAACUGGAGCUGUAUGAUGUGAAAAGGGCGGACGCCUCAAUUAAAACCUGUCAGAAGAGAUGGACAUGGCGUACAAUCUCAACGGAGAAUCUACGGGUAAACCUGCACGAAUAUUUCAAGGUGGACGAUAAUACGGGGGACGUUGUCCUAGACAAAGAGCUGCCAGAUGCACUAAUCGGACUCACGGUUAAGCUAACCGUGAUAGCGAGUGAUAUGGGUCCGGUGGAAAGGAGGAGGACACCAAUAGAUGUAUGCGUGAAAAUCACAGAUGCACCGGUCAUACAAGAUAAUUUUUCAAUUGCUGGUUACCUUCGCUGGUCCGGAAGACAAGGGAAGGCUGUGUUCUACGGAUAUGUCAUCGUCGGUGUCCUCAUAUCGAGCCUCAUCGCUUCCAUCGCUUUUGUCGCACUGUUUUACUUUGCUUGGCAUCGGUCUAGAUCCCAGAAGAAAGGACGAGGAAUCAGUGUGGUCAAGUCAGGGGAUGUCGAGCACAGAUCGCUAACGCCCAAUGAAGUGGAUCUGGGUCACGCAAUCGAAAAUGCUGUCUAUGGAACUAUGAAGGUUCAACAGUCGGCACUCCAAUGGUCAUCAAUCGAUACUGACGGACCAUAUGAACACAGUUUGCAAGACGUUCUGCGGUAUACAGACGUGGAUCAAUUCAAUCCAUUCCCAAUGGGGAACACUGGAAUGACGAUCGCUUGGGAUGAGUCGUUGGGCACACAGCGAUCAUCAUCAAACAGAUACCCGGCAGAGCAAUACGGAUUUGCAACUUACAAUUUAGGCAACCACACUGUUUUUAAUUCUUAUCUCACGGAUUCCGUGACUGGAAAAUCAGGUACACGCUACUGAAUCAAGC